UCGCUUUCUCUCCUUCCUCUGGACAAAACUCUCUUGCUGCUUGAACUUCGGUGGUUUCUUGCAGUGUGCACCGAUCCUGCAAUCCACGCAGCACGUGAGGGUGUCCAAUCGAAGCCAUGGCUGCCAAGCAGGCUUUGCAGAAGGCCUUCGACCCUAUUUGGAAUUGGGCGUCUCGCCGUUACCAGGCUGCUGUUGCCAAGGAGCUCAAGAAAUAUGGUCUGCGGUACGAUGACUUGUAUGACGACUUGUAUGAUCUAGACAUCAAGGAGGCCUUGAGCCGGCUGCCUCAGGAAGAGGUCGACUUGCGGAAUCAGCGUCUGAAACGGGCGAUGGACUACUCGAUGAAGCACCAAUACUUGCCUAAGGAAUUGCAGGCAAAGCAAACUCCGUACGAGCCCUAUUUGCAAGAUGCUCUGCAGCUGGUCAAGGAAGAACGAAGGGAACACGCAGAAUUGGGAUCCGACUUGCCCUACACACGUUCUUUACCUUGAGGCAUGAAAGAAUAUCUUCAUUCUGUUUGACAGAGUUUCUUCAGAUUUUGCGUAGGUUCAGGGUGGCAUUUUUUGACCAUCCUUGUAGGAAAGUAAAACUAAUUGCUCUCAAUGUUUCUCAGUUGUUCUUCAAGUUUUGGAUAUCAGCAGUGGUUAUACCUGUCGAGCUCCUUCUUACAUUAUUCAUUAAGAUUGACUCCAUAUUAUAAGCAAAAAUGCAGUUUUGAAUCAAAUUGGUUUCACCUUCAAGAAAACUUUCUUUUUCA